AUGGUCCGCCUCACACGCCGGACCGGCACGCAAAGGUCAACGGCAUCGCAGCGCAACAGCGAAGAGCACGAUCAGCUCGAAUCCUCCACCUCUCAGCACCAGGACCAUGUCCAGACCGACCAGCCCAGUCAUACCCGUACGCACCGUCGAACACGGAGCGGCGCAUCUGGUCAGGUGCAAGAGCUCGAAGAAGCGUCCGAAGCUGAGAUGGACGUCGAGGCUGAGCCUGAGGCAGAUCAGCUCGCUGACGAACACGACACCGGGACAAACGCUCAACAGCUUCCGCCUUCCACCUUCUCGGCGCAAAGCGAAGGCGAUCACAUCAAGAUCAUGCUCGCCACUGACAACCACAUCGGCUACAUGGAGCGCGACCCCGUUCGUGGUCAAGACUCGAUCCGCACCUUCGAAGAGAUCCUCCAAUUGGCGGUGCAGCACGAGGUCGACUUCAUCUUGCUUGGAGGAGAUCUUUUCCAUGAGAACAAGCCGAGUCGAGCUACGCUGCAUCAGACGAUGGCGUUGCUGAGACAGUACACACUCGGAGACAAGCCCAUCUCGGUCGAGCUGCUGAGCGACCCCAAUGACGGUGCGCUUCCCGGUAGAGACUUUCCAGCUAUCAACUACGAAGAUCCGAAUCUCAAUGUCGGCAUCCCGGUGUUUUCGAUCCACGGCAAUCACGACGAUCCGCAAGGCGUUGGUGAGACAGGCGCACUAUCAGCGCUUGACCUGCUGUCGGUCUCGGGCCUGAUCAACUACUUUGGCAAGAUCGAGCUCCCCUCUGACGACGCGACCGCCGGCUCAUCGGCCGCACGAACAGCACGAGGCGGUGCCUUCGCGGAAAAGGGCAUCCGCAUCAAGCCCGUCCUCCUCCAAAAAGGCCAGACGAAACUCGCCCUCUACGGCAUGGGCAACAUCAAAGACGAGCGGAUGCACUUCGAACUUCGCACCAACCGCGUCCGGAUGUAUCGACCCUCCGAAGACCCCGAUUCGUGGUUCAACAUCCUGUGCGUGCAUCAGAACCGGGUUGCGCACAAUCCGAAAGCGUGCGUGCCCGAGACGAUGUUCGACGACUCGAUCCAUCUGGUGGUCUGGGGCCACGAGCACGAGCAGAUGAUCAACCCGCAACCGGUCACCGAGAAGAAGUACCACAUCACGCAGCCGGGCAGCAGCGUGGCUACGAGUCUCAGUCAGGGAGAGACGGUCGAAAAGUGCGUUGCAAUCGUUCACGUUGAGAAGACGGAUUUCCUCAUCGAGCCUAUCCCGCUGCAGACAGUAAGGCCGUUUGUGAUGGACGACAUGGUGCUGUCCGAGGAGCUCGAGGAGGCAGGUUUGUCGUCGGAGCGGAGCGACAUCAUCAAGCUCCUGCGUAAGCGGGUGGAAGGUCUGAUUGUGCGAGCCAAGCAGGAGUUCAAGAAGCGAUAUCCGGACCGGGAGAUGCCCCUGCCGCUCGUACGAUUGCGCGUCGAGUACACGAAUCAGGAGAUCAGCAAUCCGCAACGCUUCGGGCAGGAGUUUGCCGGCAAGGUAGCAAACCCCAAAGAAGUGCUUCAAUUCACCAAACGCAAGAGUCUGCGCAGUGGACGUCGCGACCAGGCCGACGCUGCCAAUGGACCGAGCGCCUACGUUGACGUGGAAGAGGAAGGCCUACUGGCCGUCGAACGGCUCGAGAAGGUGGACGUGGGCAAGCUGGUCCAGGAAUACCUCCAGGCGCAGAAUCUCGACAUUCUCAAUCCCGAGGGUCUGGAGGGCGCGGUGCUCAACUUUGUCGAAAAGGACGACAGGGAGGCGAUCGACAGCUUUGUCACCAAGAUGCUCAAAAACACCGUCAAAGGGUUGGUGACGAUCGAUCCGGAAGAGUCGCGCAUCGAGGGAGAGCUGGAGCGAUUGAGGCAGCAGCAGCAGGAGCAGAGGCGAGAGAUGGAGCUCGAGAUGGAGGGUGCGCAGCGCAAUGCGAGGGCAGCGAGGGGGAACGAGUCGGAUGAUUCGAUGAUGGAUGAUCUCGAGCCGCCUCGUGCUGCCGCGCCGGCUAGAGGCGGUGGCAGGGGACGAAAUGCCCGUGCUGCUCACGACCAUGACGAGGAAGACGAGGAGGAUGACUUUGAUGACGGAGCGAGCGUUGCCAGCAGCACUCGCCGAGGGGCGACCCGACAGGGCGCCGCCGCGGCUUCGACAAGCCGAGCCAGGAAAGCUCCAGCUGCGUCUCGCACCGCUGCUCGAACACCCGCUCGUGCAACCGCCUCGUCCUCCCGCACUCCAGCCCCAACCUUCCUCGGCCCCGAAUCAGCCUACGCCGAGGGGCAAGACGAAGAAUCGGACAUGGCAAUCGACGAGCGACCCUCCACACCUGCACCCGCGCCCACUCGAGGCCACGCAAGCGUGCUCGACAUGCUCAGCAAGCAGAAUGCCGCCUCGAAGCCGAGCAAGAGCCGUAGCAGGGCGACAGCGGCUGCAACACCAGCGAAGAGCAGGGCAGCAGUAAAGCCGGCUGCAUCGCGUCAACGACAGCAACAGCAGCAGGAGAGCAUUCAGAUCAGCGACGAUGAGGAGGACGCGAUUGUGGACGAUCAGGGUGAGGAUGAUGAUGACUUUGUCGAGCCGGCGAGUCGGGCGGGUGGACGACGGGCUGGGCGGCGAUGA